AUGGACCUGUCUGGCUCAGGCUUUCUCCGCGCAAUACCCGGGUUUGGCUCUCUGGCGACCAUGUCCUCCGAAAUGACGCCCCGGGACAAGCGGAUUUACAGCCAAGUAGAAAAAACUCUUGCCAGUUUCGGCGAUCUUGAUGAAUGGGCUGACUACAUUGCUUUUCUCGCCCGCUUGAAGAAACUGUUGCUGCUCCCAGCCGAGAGUCCUCACCUGAUUCCGUGGCUUCCUUUGGCUGAUCAAGUGCUGGCCAAAUUGGCCCUCUGCCUCUCCCCACUGCUCCCCAAUGGCGUGCAUAGCAAAACACUCGAGUUGUACGAGAACAUUUUCGAUGCGUUGGACAUAAACCUGCUCAACAGAGACAUUGCAGUAUGGCUUCCUGGCAUCUUGCCCGUGGUCUCCUUCGGCUCCAUGCAAGUCAAGCCGCAGGUCAUUUCCCUAUACAAAAACAGUUUGAUCAUCCACUUGACGCCGGCCACCUUGAAGAAAAUCACAAAGCCUGUGCUCUUGUCUCUUCUCUGUGGGCUCGACGACGAGAACUCCGAGGUUUUUGGUGACGUGAUGAGUUUGCUCGAUUCUUUCAAGGCCAAGAUGGCAAGCAGCGCUCACUUCUGGCAGAAUUUCUUUGUCUGUGUCAUCACUAGCCCCGAAAAACGCCUUGGCGCCUUGAACUGGUGCUCCGCUAGGCUCCCUGUUUUCUCGGCCAUUGAGCUGGGUGCCGAACUGAAGUUUUCUGCCGAGGCCCAAGCCUGUUUAUCCUCCGAGUCUGGGCUUUUGAUCCGAGCCUUCGCUUCUGCGUUGAAUACGCGUUCCAGCUUCAACCAAGCCAACGAUAUAAUCGUGAUGCGCGGCUUCUUCGACCUUUUGCUCUCUCAUUUGCCGCUAGAUUCGCCUGUGGUCACCCAAGUCAUUUCAGUCCAAGAUAAAGAGCUUUUGAUCAUGGCGUGCUGCCGUGUGACCCUCAAAAAAGACAUGAGUCUAAACCGCCGGCUUUGGAAAUGGCUUCUUGGCCCGGAUAAUGGCGAAGAAUCGAUCCAGCUGGAAGAUGGCAAAACGUACUUCUCCAAACACGCAUUGCAAACUAUAGACUACGCUCUCAAGUUGCUUAUAUCCAGCGGAGACACACAACAAAAACUUGACGCAUACAACAUCUCGCUAGCGAUGAUCAUGGACAGAUGGGAAAUCAGCCAGUACAUCACGGCACUGGUUUUCAAGCCCAUUAUUGAAUCGUGUUUCAAGGCUGUUCAGACAAAUGACGCCAGAGCACCAGAACUAUUGGCUGCAGGCAAGCGGUUCUUUGACCAAGUCGAAGCGUGUCACAUCUGGCACUUCGUGACCCACGACUUGAUUCUUCAGCCUGAGGGGGAAAGCAGGUUACACGUCAUUGAUUUUCUCUUGAAAAAUUUCACUUUUCCCGAGGAUGAAGACAACGUACAUGCGCCAUUGGCGGUUAUUGCCUUUAUUCUGAGAAACGAGGCCUCAGAGCCAACAGUCUCCACGCUUGAACUCUUGGUUGAGCUUGUACUGCUUAGAACUCUUUUCUCGACAGGUGAAUUGGAAAAGCCUGCUUUCCGAUCCAAAGAUAAUUUGCUUCGUACUAUUUCUGAUUAUUACGCAUCAGGGCUGCAAAGUGGGAAUGAGCUGGCUCCCAUUAAUGCGCUUGAAAUAUCUCAUGUCCUCAUGACAAGUAUUGAACACUGGUAUAUUCAGAGCAUGUCUCAAGGCACGCUUAGCGACCGAUUGGCUUCAUUGUUGUGCGAUUUAUUAGCGUCGGUGCCACACCAAAAAGGUGUCUCUUAUCUCGAUGAAGAUCUUUUAAAAACCACGUUCCUCCAGUACCCUGAAUUUGACUGUGUCAGUCGUGAGAGCAAUUGCGGCGCACCAGCUAUGUUUGGCAUCGUCAAACUAUACCAAUUCUUGAUCAAAUCCAUGUCAUUUUUCGAAAAGUCCAAAAUGCUCAAAAUCAUCUUAUCAAACCUUUGGGAAACACUCAUAUCACUGUAUCCGGCAAACUACCAGGUUGAAGCGGUCAGAUGCAUUUUCGAUUUAAGAAUAUAUUUCGAAGUACACGAGAUUGAAGCAGGAAUUUCCUACUUGCUCUUGCAAACCUCAGAAAAAAUCCGAUUCCACUGUUUCUACAAGCUUUGGAGUUUAUCCCAAGAUGUCAACGAGUCAGAAAUGUUGCUCUCAAACCCUCUUUUUGUUGUGUUGGACUCUUUUCGCGAUAUGAGCCCUGGAAGUCUGGUUGAUGCACAAAAAUUUGUUUACAACGUCUGCAAUGAUGGUUCAGCUAACAGGCUUUUGAAAAUUGUGACUGGCCCCCUCUUGACAUUUCCCAUUGUGCAGAAACAAAGAACAACGAUCGGUCCUCACGAUGACUUUAAGCUUUUUGCUUAUUACCUCGAAACAAUUCUCAAUUUACUUCACAGCAAUGAUAAAGAGUUGAAAGAAAGUUUGGCUCACGAGUUUGUGCCCGCCGAAAAUGCAGGAAGGGUUGAGCUAUUUACUUCAAACGAAUGGGAUGUGUCAAACUAUAAGACUCUUUUGUUGAACAUAAUCCAGAAAUGCUUAACGUUGAAAUUCCCCGAGGACUCGGUAGAGGAAAAUAAUGUUUUGAGAAACUUCACUUCCUGUAUCUCGAAAGUUCUUGAGUUAUAUUCUUUGCUCCUCACCGGUUCAGAGACUGACUUCUUGAAGCAUUUCGAUUUGCUUAUUCGAUCAUGUCUGUACUACGUGUCGGAAUCCAGGAUGAGAGACAUGGAUCUUGAAGUUAUUGAGUCAAUGUUCAUUAAGCACAUUCGUGAAUUCUUAGACAUUGCCAAAUCCAUGAAUGCAAAUGUGCUUCAACCUCAAACUGACAGCAAUUCUGGCUCACCAUCAUUCGUUACGUUCAUUAAUCGUGGUAUCACGACUUGUACAUCUCCAACAUUGCUCGAAAAAUGGCUAUCGCUAAUGAAAUCUACAUUAUACUUGCUUGAUAAUUCGAUUUACGGUGAGAUGUUAAUCUUUAAUCAAACCAUUAUUGAAAAAAUGAACUCAUGUUUUUCCGCCAUAAAGAAAUUUGAGAAUUUCGAUAACUGUUGCGAUUCUGAGUCGUUUUUAAGCAUUUGUCUUACUGGUCUUGAGGAUUUAUUAUCUAUUUGUCAUUCGUACUUGAUGACACCAGCACCUAGUUCAACGACUAAAGCGCAACAAGGCGAAAACGGGUUUUUUGGAAAUGUUAUUCUGGGUGUUUUCCAAAUUGAGUCACCGCAGGUCAAGUCCGAAGUAGAACAGCGCGUGUAUUCAGUUAUCAUUGCAUUCCAAGAUGCGAUCAAAGCAGCAUUUGCCAUUUGGAGCUGGGCAAAUAGUAAGCCUGUUGCGGAAGGCAUGACAUCGGAUUUCUAUUCUCAGAAAUCAAUCAUCUAUAUGUCCAACAAGCUCAAAUUUAGAGCCAAGAAGCUUUUGGGGAAUUUGAGUGAACUCGAACGGCAAGAGACCAUUGAGACAAUUCUUGAAACUGACGAAGCCACAGAUACAAAGAUCAAGAUUAUACAUGUUCUUGACAGCGGUCACAGUCAAUUGAGCCUUCCACACAUAUUGAACUCCAUUUUGACGAGAUGUCUGCCCCAGAAUCUUUCCGAUAGACAGAAAUCAACGAUGUAUUCGAGUAUUAAUGAGAUCAAUUUGGCUCAGUUCUUGGUUCCUUACUACAAUUCAAUUGACUUCGACACCAUGGACGAAAUCUGGGAGAUGACUCUUGGGUUUAUCAAAGAAGUAUCACUCAACCCCGGAAACUUCAAGCACUUUUUGUUAACAAUCCUUCAGGUCGUACAAGUUGUAUCGCACAAGGUUCAAGCUCGCAAACUCAAUGACGACAAGCGCAGUGCUCGAGACUUAUCCAAUUACUUUCUUUCAAUUCUUAAUGCAGCCAUCAGCAAAAAGUCUGCAAUGGCUUCUUCUGACCUAAAAGUCAAAUCCAAAAAGAAUGAUGAUGAAGAAGAGAGCCAGGUCGAAGAACUUGCCCUGCUUAUUGGGUCAUUUGGAGAUAUAAUUCAGGACCAAGAUAGAAUUGUAACCGCGGUGACAAAUAUCACCAGCACAGUCAUUGCUCCGCAGGUCAAGCUGAAAGCUAUCGCCGUUCCAUCAAGUAUUUUGAAGUUGAUCCUACAAAUCGGAAAGCAUCACCCGAUCAAAGCGUGGAAGCAAGUUGUUUUUGAGACAUUUGUGGACAAUUCUUUUUUCCAAAAUGGCAAGCACAACCUUGAUCAGUGGAGGACAAUUAUUGGAGUCUGGAUAAAAAGUGACAAGGAGCGAAUGAGCGAAUUGGUGAACAAAAUCACGCCUCCUGUACAAUCAAGCGCUGCAAACAUAUUCAUAUGGAACGACAAUUCUGAGGUAGAGGACCGAGCCAUGGUAUUGCGCAGAAUUUCUUAUCUCAUCUUGGUUCAGCCUAAAGACUUCUUUGUCAAAAACUUGGAUGGAAUUAUGGGACGCUUGUCCACGGCAUUGAACAGUACGUGCCCUCCAUUGUACAAGAGCGAGGCAUUGUCAGUCUUCCGUGCUCUCUCUUUGAAAUUUAGCGAGGGCCACCUACUUCCAUACUGGUCAUUGGUUGUUCAAAGUUUGGUCGAGGUGUUUUCGGCAGCUCUUGCCAAGAAUAGCAAGCAUUUCAGCGGGAUUGAGGCUGAAGAGUUGGCGCUUAUUUUGUCGGCAUGCAAAUUGCUUGAUCAAUUGCUUCUCAUUCAGUUUGAUGAAAUAAACUUAACAUCAUGGCUCUUUGUGUCGAGGGGAUCUGUUGUGAAUGAUGAGUGUUCCAGCUCCCUUAUUGACCGCCUUGCCUUGAAGUCGGAGUCGCUUUUGACAAAAGAAGACCCUCUCAAUGUUCAGGGCCCCCGUGAAAACGAAAAAUCAAAGCCUCUUUUGUUGGGCGUUCUGGAAAUCAAGAACAUUGCGAAUUUGAAAAAGUUCUUUGGACUGUUGGGCUAUAUUAAUUUCGAGCGAUCUUAUGGACUUACCGAGCCGGAUCUUGACGCAUGCGAGAAGGACUUAUUCCAAGAUUUAGGAAAGCAUUGGGCUUAG